GAAGGCUGUCGUACUGUCCCCCUUUCUGGACACGUAGGAUUCGACAGUUUGCCUGACCAGCUGGUUAAUAAGUCAGUUAAUCAUGGUUUCUGUUUCAACAUCCUGUGUGUGGGGGAAACUGGCCUUGGUAAGUCUACGCUCAUGGACACACUUUUUAAUACCAAGUUUGAAGGUGACCCGGCAUCUCACUCACAGCCUGGGGUGCAGCUGAAAUCUAACACCUACGACCUGCAGGAGAGCAACGUCAACCUCAAACUGACCAUUGUGAGCACGGUGGGCUUCGGGGACCAGAUCAACAAAGAGGACAGCUAUAAGCCCAUUGUUGAGUUUAUUGACGCUCAGUUUGAAGCCUAUUUGCAAGAAGAACUGAAGAUAAAGAGGGUCUUGCACAACUACCAUGACACCCGGAUCCACGCUUGUUUGUACUUCAUUGCUCCGACAGGCCACUCGCUGAAAUCCCUGGACUUGGUAACAAUGAAGAAGCUUGACAGCAAGGUCAACAUCAUUCCUAUCAUUGCCAAAUCUGAUGCCAUUUCCAAGAGUGAGCUGACUAAAUUUAAAAUUAAAAUCACAAGUGAACUGGUCAGUAACGGAGUUCAGAUCUACCAGUUCCCAACAGACGAUGAAUCAGUGGCGGAGAUAAAUGGGACGAUGAACGCCCACUUGCCAUUUGCAGUGAUCGGCAGCACGGAGGAGUUGAAAAUAGGAAACAAAAUGAUGAAAGCGCGUCAGUACCCCUGGGGCACAGUGCAGGUGGAAAAUGAGACUCACUGUGACUUUGUGAAACUGCGGGAGAUGCUGAUCCGGGUGAACAUGGAAGACCUUCGCGAACAGACCCACACACGCCACUAUGAGCUGUACAGGCGAUGUAAACUGGAAGAGAUGGGUUUCAAGGACACUGAUCCAGACAGCAAACCCUUCAGCUUACAGGAAACUUAUGAGGCCAAAAGAAAUGAAUUUCUGGGGGAACUGCAGAAAAAGGAAGAGGCGAUGAGGCAAAUGUUUGUCCAGAGGGUCAAGGAAAAAGAAGCUGAGCUGAAGGAGGCUGAAAAAGAGCUGCAUGAAAAGUUUGAUCGUCUGAAGAAGUUACAUCAGGAUGAAAAAAAGAAGUUAGAGGACAAGAAAAAGUCUCUGGAUGAUGAAGUAAAUGCAUUUAAGCAAAGGAAGACAGCAGCUGAAUUGCUCCAAACUCAGGCUCAGCAGGCUGGAGGAUCACAAACUCUUAAAAGAGAUAAGGAGAGAAAAAACUUUUUUUAAUCUGUCUUCGCCAGCUGCACUGGGUCUGAGGGAGAAGACUGCCACUUCUAGAAGAGUUUAGGGAUCUUAUGUCUGGGGAGGGAGGGGAAACAAAUCUUCAGUGUUAGUGUCUUGGAAAGAAGUUCUUUUACUGACUUGCAUGGUAUUUAAAAUUGGAGUGUCUUGUAGUUUGUGUGACAAGACAAUAACAAGGGGGAAAACUGAUUGUUUACUGAAAAUUUUGAAGAGCAACAGAAAUGUGAUGUUUGGACUAAUGAUGUAGCGAAUACGUUUUCAAACAUUGUUAUGAGCAUUUUUUUUCUAAUUUUGUCUUCAAUUAUGUAAAUGUCGUGGACUUCCAUAAGGUUGGAAGCCUAGGGAAUAUUUUCAAUAUGCUGUUGUUUGAUUGUUUUUGGAAACUGUUGCAUUCAAAGUCAAAAGAAGCAUAAACAUGGUGCAAAUUGCUCUGUUGGCAGCCACAAAAUAUUUAAUUUUAGCAAAGAAAUAAAGCAAGAACUGCGUGUUUUCA